GGCAGGCUGUAACGCAGUCCCUUAUCUCUGAACUUUGCCAUGUGGAAUGGAGUAGACCAUUACAGAGAGUAACAAAGGAACAACAGGAUAGAGUAGUGAAUAUCUAGCACAAGUGAGGGUUCACUACAGCAUCUAUUUAAGCUUUUUAGACAAACUGCGCUCAGGUCAUAAUUUCUCCAGCCGGAAGCUCUGAUGGCUGUGACGGUCGGCAGUGUGUGCGUCACUUUGACUCUCCUUGUGUGUGUUCUUGGAGGCCAAGCUCUGGACCUGCUGAGGGUGACUGCAACAUCAGGGAAUCCUCCCUCCACUCCCAAAGUGCAUUGUCGGUGUGCGAGCUACCCGAACGUGACUUUUUGCUCCUGGCCUGAACCGUCUCGAUCUCCACCAACACAAUACAUUGCCACCUACAGUGAGAGACACAGACAGCUGGUCACCAAGCCGUGCCAACUCAUCCAACCCGGCCUUGCUUCCUCUGAUCUGACUUCAGCAUCGUCACCAUCAUCUGAGCGGCUCUGGCACUGCCAACUGCCCAACCUGAAGUUUCUCACUGACUACAUCAUCAAUGUCACAGCUGUUUCUUCUGAUGGAAGCAGCUCCCAUUUAUCAAGUUUCAUGUUGGAGGAUAUAGUGAAACCAGAUCCCCCCGUAGACGUCCAGGUUUCCCCUCAGGGUACCAGAAACUUGAUGGUGGAAUGGUCACAUCCCCCCACUUGGGCUAACCUGGACAUCUUCCCCCUAAAAUACCAGAUACUGUACAAGUGGGAACACAGGGGCACCCCGAAGUCUGUCAAUCUGGGUCCAUUUGAGAGCACCAACAUUGAACUGAACGGGCUGACCGCAGGGAGGACCUACCUGUUCCAGGUGUGUGCUAAGGAGCUGCUGGGUCUGGGCGAGUGCAGCCGCUGGAGCUCACCUGUGAAAUACACCAUACUGAGAGCGAAAUCGUAGAGGCUCCCUCUCACUUCCUGAUUUAUUUAACCCUCUCCUUUCAAGCCAGAAGUAAAGAAAAUUGCAGAACCACACACAGGUUUAAUCUUUAACUGCAUAAGCAAUGCAAGCAACAGUUAUUAAUAUUUUAUUUUGUUUUAUUUAUUUAUUUGUUUAUUUUAUAUUAUAAUAUUCUUUUGUAUUGUUUUGUUAUACUGUUGGUUUGAGUCUUUGGAGCUAAUGAUAAUAUAGAAACCAUUCUGUAAAACACUGUGAUAGAUGGUCAAGGUGUAUGAUCAGUUUUACAUAAUGAGCCCUACCCAAACAUUGUACCAUAUUUUAGUCAUUGUGUGACUUAUUUGUUAAAAAAUUGAAUAAAAAC